AUGGCGGCCCAGACGCCAGCGGCUUCAGCGCCUCUGUCCGCUCAAGAGAUGAAGGUCCUUUCGUUGGGAAUGACACGGACUGGCUCUGCUUCCAUCACUAAAGCUCUUACAAUCUUGGGCUUUCAGGGAGUCCACCACGGUAUCCAGGCCAUCUCUUCGCCCCGCGACUGGGCGCUAUUUUCUCGCGCCGCGGACUCCGUGUUUCCCACACUUCCAACUCAUAACGGCGCGCCCUUUACACGCAAAGACUGGGAAGCUCUAUUCGGCUCCUACGAAGCAGUCACUGACAUGGGCUCGUUUUUCGCCCUACAACUCAUUGAGGCGUAUCCAGAAGCCAAGGUCAUCCUCGUUGAGCGCGAUGUCGACAGCUGGUUCCACAGUAUGGACGAGGCCAUCUUCAAGACUACCUGGGGCUUGCGCGCGAACCUGAUCAUCGAUUUUCUGGGGCCCGCAUGGGGCUUGAACGGCGGCAGGACUCUUAGGAAGAUCCUGCUGGGAUUCUACGGCGUCCGAAACGUAAAGGAGAUGAGAGAAGUCGCCAAAGACCGUUACAGGCAGCACUAUGCAGAGGUCCGGGCUGUGGUGCCCAAGGACCGGCUUCUGGAGUUCAAGUUGGAGGACGGUUGGGCGCCAUUGUGUGAAUUCCUGGGUAAGGACGUCCCGAGCGGCGUCGAUUUUCCCGUGGCGAACCAGAGGAAAGAGCACCUUGAGCGCGUGCGAACGAGGCAGAAUCGGUUCUUCAAGCUCGCUUUCUUCACUGGCUUGCGGAAGGUUAUGCCUUGGGUAUUUGGUCUUGGGGUCGUUGCAGCGGGUGCAACAGAAAGUGGGAGCGAGAUUCCACUACAGACCUGGCCAACCGCAUUCUGGCCCGACGGAUCUGUGAAAUGGACAAACCAUGCGAUUGCCUCAUCAGCGACAGCAGAAGAGAGCUACCGCGUCAUUGCAGCUGACUCGUCGGACGCCAAGCUACCAUUUCUGGAUGAGCUCAAAGCCGAGGAAGACUCCAACUUCAUCUCAGUCAGCACUGGGAGCUUGAAGGUAACGUUUGCAAAGACCGGGAACGAGAUCAUCAAGGAAGUUGUCAAUGCUAAGGGCAUCACGGUUGGUGUACAAGGCAGAUUGGUUCUCCUUUCCCAGGAUCGUGUAUAUGAUCCCGAUAAACCAGACUCACUUGUGAAGCACCAUAGUUUCCAGGGGAGCAUAAGCUCGGUGGUAAUUGAGCAAGUCGGUUCCAUCCGCGCUGUCAUCACCGUUCACGGAGUCCAUGUCGAGGUGCCUCAAGAAUCCGAGCCGACUAUCAAGACCCACGAACCAUGGAUACCUUUCACACUUAGGUUCUAUCUACAUGCCGGAUCUAGUCACAUUCGAAUACUUCACACCAUAACAUACGACGGCGGGAAAAACGACUUUGUUCGAGGGAUCGGAAUCCGCCUCAAGGUACCUCUCCAAGAAGAAGCGGCCUUCGAUCGUCAUGUACGAUUUUCUGGAGCAUCAGGGGGUGUUCUUGCCGAGGCUUCUCAAGGGCUGACUGGACUUUGGAAGGAUCCUGGGCGAGAGAUCAGGUCCGCUCAGGUGCAGGGCAAGCCUUUGCCGUCUCCUGAUAGUUGGAACCCGGAGCUACCUCAAGCUUCUCUGCGCUGGGUGCCCAUCUGGAAUGACUUCAGUUUGCAUCAACUCUCGCCAGAUGGGUUUACGCUCGAGAAGCGACUGAGGGAAGGUCAUCCGUGGAUUAAGACCGCCAGUGGUACCAAGGCGGGAGGAGUUGUUUAUGUCGGUGGUGCUAAUCGCGGAGGAUUGGCCAUCGCGUCGAGACAUUUCUGGGAACGAUACCCGACCGGAAUCGACGUUCGAGGCCUUGGCGCCUCUCAAAAAGACACCGAGGUAACACUUUGGCUAUACGACCCCAAAGCCGGGCCCAUGGACCUUCGGCCUUAUCAUGACGGCUUAGGUCAACAAGGUUUUGACGAUCAGCUAGACGCCCUGAAGAUCACUUACGAGGAUUGGGAGCCGGAACUCGGGUCGCCUUACGGGAUAGCGCGCACAAAUGAGCUGAUGAUAUCGGUGACGGACUCAACGCCAGAUAGCAAUGAGUUCUCAUCACUCAUAGACAUCAUCCGAGAUCCUCCAAAGUUAUUGCCUAGCCCAGAAGCCAUUCACCUUAGUCAAGCUCUCGGUACAUACUGGUCUUCAUUGUCGAAUACGUCUGCCAAUGGCCUUUCAGCCACCGACGAACGCCUCGAGUUCCUGUUUCAAUUCUACGAGAAGCAAGUACAACAACGGCGUUGGUACGGGUUCUGGGACCAUGGCGAUAUCAUGCACACGUAUGAUGAAGACCGACACACCUGGCGAUACGAUGUUGGCGGAUACGCCUGGGACAAUUCUGAGCUAUCACCAGAUCUAUGGCUCUGGCUGUACUUUCUGCGGACCGGUCGAGCUGAUGUGUUCCACAUGGCGGAAGCAUUGACUCGUCAUACUGGAGAGGUGGAUGUUUACCAUCUUGGGCGUUAUAAGGGUCUCGGUACACGACAUGGCGUGCAGCACUGGAGCGAUAGCUGCAAACAAGCCCGUAUAUCGAACGCCUUGUAUCGCCGCUUCUUUUACUACCUGUCUGGCGGUGACGAACGUGUUAGAGAACUUCUCGAAGAGACGCUUGAUACGGACCAAAAGUUUCUGGUCCUCGAUCCGUACCGAAAGGUCCGAAAGGACAGAGAAACCUACAGCCCAGAUGCACAUGCUGUCGAGAUCAGCCUGGGAACUGACUGGGCAUCGCUAGCAGCCUCCUGGCUUGUCGAGGUUGAGCGACGAGGGCCACGAUGGACUGAGGCCAAGAGUAAGCUAUUCCGGUCAAUUGAAGGGAUUGGCGCCCUUGCCAAUGGCUUUGUUACCGGGAAUGCGACUUACAAUCCGUCAACCGGAGCCAUCUCACCACCCGCCGCAGAUUCUGACAAUCAAGGGGUAGUGAAGGUUUCCCACCUAUCAGCAAUGUUCGGGUUGUUUGAGGUGGCGGUCGAUAUCCUGCAGCAGUUUCCAGAGAAAGCAGACGCAACUGGGUUCAGGCAUGCAUGGCUAGAGUAUUGCAUCUUCUUCAACGCUAGUCUAGAGGACCAGGAGAAUCGAUACAGCCAAUCUGGCUGGGGCAGACUGCAGCUAAGACAAGGACACUCUCGCUUGACUGCCUAUGCGGCGAAGGAGCUGAAUAGACCUGAUCUGGCUAAACGCGCGUUGGAAGAAUUUGAGAAUGGGGAUGGCUUUCGGGACUAUGGUCCGAACGCUGUCUGGAAAAGCACCCCGGUGAACAAGAACCACGUUCUAGAGCCCGCAGAUGAGGCUCUUGGGGUUUCUACCAAUGUCACCGCGCUGUAUGGUCUGGCAGCUAUUCAGAACCUGGCAUUAUUGUUAGAUGAGGCAAAAACAAGAAUUUAG